CUGUCUAUGCUUAAUUGGGAUCUCAGGAAAAAUUCUUGAUUAGGAUCUUAUGUGAAAAAGAGUCAAAUUGUAACAGGUGCCUCAAGUUUAUACGUGAUGAGGCUUGGAGUUCUUCCUUUUGUUAUGAAUGGUUGCAGCCAUGCAAGUAUGUCAUAACUGAUAUGAAUGUAAUAUAUUCAAUUUAAUCUGCAAGGUUUGUGAGGACAUGCUUACGAACGAGUGUAAUGAAGGCUUAGAGUACAUUGGUAUUAUGCGCAUAUAGAUGUAUCCAUCCUUCGCUAUUGGAAUCGCCAUCGUUUUGAACUGCUGAGUUACAUGUCUAUCAGCGUGUUUCUUCCAUUCACUAGUAACUCCUAGCAAUCUUCUUUCGAUCAUGGUGGAAUCAAUGUUCGACUAUCAAUUUCGACAUAUUCUGAUAGGCGAUAGCACAGUGGGAAAGUCAUCGUUGUUGAAAUAUUUUACAGAUGGUAAAUUUGCAGAAAUAUCGGAUCCUACGGUCGGCGUUGAUUUCUUUGCACAUCUGAUAGAAGUUACGGAUGGUACUCGCAUAAAGCUUCAGCUUUGGGAUACUGCCGGUCAAGAACGGUUCCGUUCUAUCACAAAAUCUUACUAUCGUAAUUCUGUUGGCGUAUUGCUCGUAUACGACAUUACAAACCAUGCUAGUUUCGAACAUAUUCCAUUGUGGAUGAUGGAAGCUAAACGGCACAUAGAACCGCAUAGGCCUGUGUUUGCUUUGGUUGGCUGUAAAUUAGAUCUUAUAACUAGUGGUGCACAACAGCGUGAGGUAAGCAGUGAAGAAGCGCGGUCUUUCGCUGAGCAGCAUGAACUAAUUUUUGUGGAAACGUCUGCUCGUUCGGGAAUGAAUGUGCGUGAAGCAUUCGCAUUGGUCACGCAGGAAGUAUAUAACAGAAUAAAAAGUGGUGAAUACAAAGUUGAAGAUGGAUGGGAUGGUAUAAAAAAAGGAUACAUGAGGCCCAAUUUAGAUUUCAACCUUGUGAUAGCUGAAUCGGCCAGAAGCACUUGUUGUUAGAUUUGAGCAUCGGAAACAUGUAAAAUUUGUUGUUUUUAGCAACGCUCGUCUUGAAAAGAUGAUUUGAAUUCCAAUAAUAACAACUAAACAUUUGUUUUAUUUUGUCAGGUUUUUAAAGUUAUAAAAAUAGGACACUCAUGAAUCAAUGUGGAAUCAUGACAUGCCGAGAGUUCAUAUUAAGUACCGCAAUGUAUCAAAAAGUUCACAAUACUUUUUAUUAUUGGCAUUCAUUUAUAUUCCACAAUGAAGACAAUUUGAUUCUGUAUAACAUACUCUGUUUUUGCUUUGUUGAUCGUUCUAGAGCAUUUAAUAAUAAAUAAAAACGCGAAAUACACCC